AUGAUUGGCCACUCCGCAAUUCAUGGCGGUCCUACUCUGUCAGGGCUUAGUCUGGCAGUGGUGGAUUCCUUGAGAUAUGGCUCAAAGGAAACGGCCACAUCAUCGCUCUGCCUAGAGGACUGCUCAGAUAUAGACCACAGGGAAACCAUCGGUCUGUUGCUGAAGGAAGAAUUGGGUGAAGAAGAGUCUUCACGAGUAACCAACCUUUGUCUGGAGUGGUAUUUCCCGGUGCCAACCAAGGAGACAAACAGACUACUACUCUUCCAGCAGCUGCUUUCUCAUGCUGUACUUGGCAGAUCAAAUGCUCAAAUAAAGCAAAUCAGAAAGGGGUUGAAGGACACUGGAAUUUGGCCACUACUUGCCUGUCGACCAGAUGUUGCUCCCCUAUUGUUCCCCAGAGAGUCUGUUGUGAAACUCACCUCCCAACCCAGCAUCGUGCAGCUUGAUUGGCAUUCGCCAGACAACACCAGGAUUGGCUGGCAGAUGGUCCUAGAGUCCAUCACAUGGCCCCCAUCGAAACAAACAGAUGACAGUGACAACAGUGACAGUGAAAUCUCAGAUGGCAAAGUCAGCCUCAUCUCUGGAUUUCUUCGAACCUUCGUUGAAGAGGCAUCCCCAGACAUUUUGCGGCAGCUUCUGAAGUUCUGGGUCGGUUGGGAGGUGCCAUCCAAUACCCUCAAGUUAGAAAUUGUGAACUCAUGUGGUCGUAACCACCUACCAACCUCGAGCACCUGCUAUGAGCGUUUACGUAUCUCUAAUCACUACACCAGGUACUCCGCUCUAAAAGCGGAUCUAAUUAUAUGUCUACAGUCUGUUGAGAGUGGGUUCGGCCUGGUGUAAUAAGGUGAACAACUUAAAAAAACAUUUUAUUUUGCUUGUGACAC